AUGGGAGAAUCGGCAAUUACAAAAAUUCAAGAAGAAAGAAGUGCUUGGAUAAUAAAUGUGAAUGAAACUUCCGAAAGUCAAAGGGAACCAAAGAGUCUAAGUGGAAAUGAAUGUCAAAGUGAAGAAGUUGAUAGAGAAGCAAAUUCUUCAAUCGAAAAUGAACAUCAAGACAGAGUGUUGGCAAAUGACAUCACACAAAUGCUAGAGAGUUCGGAGCCUCCCAUAUCACGCAAAUAUUGUUAUAUUUACAGGGUUCCACAUGAUGUUCGCAAAUUGAACAAAGAAGCCUACACUCCUCAAAUUAUAUCAAUAGGGCCUUUUCACCAUGGCCAUAAAAGAUUGGAACCCAUGAAAAAGCUUAAAGUGAGAUAUUUCAAGAUAUUUGUGCAAAAGGCUGUGCUAAACGUGGAGAAGUUAGUAAGCACCGUAAGAAAUAUGGAAGGAGAUGUCCGUCGUUGUUAUGCAGAGACUAGCGAAAUUAGCAGUGACAAUUAUGUUAAAAUGAUCCUGCUAGAUGUAAGUUUCAUCAUUGUGCGAUUCCUGAUAUUCAAGCAUGCAGAAUGGGGGCAUUACCAAGAGUCUACAGUAUUUUCAGAACAAUUGCUUGAAGACAUGUUGUUGCUUGAAAAUCAACUUCCUUUCUUUGUUAUUGAGGAAUUAUACAACUUUGCAUUUGCAUCUUCUUCAAAUUACCCUUCCUUCACCCAGCUUACCUUUGAAUUCUUUGCAUUUUACAACCCCCAAAAAAUGUCUCCUCAUCCCAAUUUGAGAAUAAUGCACUUCGUUGAUUUGAUAAGAACCUUUUUUCUGCCUCCAUCAGAAAGGCUACAAGAAAUAAAGCGUGGCGAAAAAGUUAGGCAUUUGUACAGUGUGAGCCAGUUGGAUGAGGCAGGAGUGAAGUUUAAAGUGGGCUCAAGCAAAUGCUUAUUUGACUUAAAAUUCACAAAUGGAGUGCUAGAAAUACCAUGCUUUAGAAUAUACCGUGAUACGGAUUCUUUUGUUCGGAACCUCGUGGGCUUGGAGCAAUGUCACUAUUUGUCUGAUGCUUAUAUUACCGAUUAUUUUAGAGUAAUGGAUUUCCUUAUCGACACUCCCAAAGAUGUGGAUUUACUUGUGCGAAAAGGGAUUCUAAUUAAUUGGCUAGGCGACAGCAACGCAGUGGCAACUUUGAGCAACAAUCUCUGCAAACGUAUUUUUAUUUCAGACACCAACUCCAAUUAUUGUCGUCUUUGUAACGAUUUGAAUACAUUCUAUGAGGAUCGUCGGCAAAGAUGGAAGGUUAUUUUGAGACGUGAUUAUUUUAGCAAUCCUUGGAGAACUACUACCACCAUAGCUGCUAUUAUCUUGCUGGUGCUCACCUUCACACAAACUAUAUGCUCCAUAAUCUCAUUAUUAUAG